GCAAGCUACAAAGCAGCUGACCUUACAACAAAGCUGCACACUGCACAGAGGAGAGCGGAGUGAAGGGAGAGGAGAAGUGACAGCUCUUAGUCAGUUAGUGGUGUGUGACUAACUCUCUUGGAAAAAGUCUGUGUGGCAAGAGCAGUGGGAGGGAUACGGACAAGACCAUAACUACAACAGAAAGAGGAAAAACUGCUUCAGGAGUCAAGACAUCGGAGGAUUGCUGCCGACACACAAGUGAUGUGCAUUCAACACGAGGGACGCGGUCAACAUUGAAAGAAUGACGUCUACAAGGAGUGAACCAUAGAGACAAAAAGCAGAGGACUACGCUCAUUCUUACCCUACUCCUGAAUACCUCACAAAGCGUUGGUGGAGCCGUUUUCAGCUUCUUCUUGACGCUCUGCUGUGAGUGCCAUGCCCCUGUUCAGCUGGAUGAAGUGGUCUCAUGAGACAAAAGUGCAGACUCAGAAUGAAGCGCCACCUCUUAAGACUUUAGAGGUUGUGCCCAGCCGCAGGUUGAUCAGAGAGCUCCUGUGGCAUGUGGAGGAACGUGAACAACUGGCACGGGAAUUGGAGCGCGAGCACAGGUUGGCCCACAGCUCUCCGGGUCUCCAGUGGUUCCAGAAGUACCAUCGGUUACGGACUCUCAUCCCCACAUCAGAGCUUUACCAGCUAGAGUUCCUGUGUGCCCAGAUACCACCCAUCCAUGCAGCCGCAGUCCUUUCCAGGUUUCGUGAGGUGCUUGCCACCAACAACAUUAGGCCCUGGGAGCUGGUGUCUGUCUUCAAGCAGGUGCUGAGAGACUUUGUGAACCAUAAGCAAUAUGAUGAAGAGUACGACUUCUCAGGUCAGUCAGCACAGCGCCGACCAAUGGAGGCUUGGACAAGCCGCUAUAAAAUGAGGCAGGGCUUUGUCACGACUACCAUCCCCAACUGUGGUGACUGCUCAAGGGAGGAGAUCCCAACAAUCUCUGGAUAUGUGGACUGGGCCAUGCGGCACUCCAGUUCUUUCACAGCUUACAGCGACUGGGAGCUUCCAUAUUACUAUCCAGCAUCUCUCAGGCCCAAUGGGACAUACAGCACUACACUGUGAAAGGACACAUCAAACCACAUUAACACAACCAACACGUUAAAAAUGGGUUUGUGAGAACACUGGUUUUUCUUGCCUGCCUCCUCUGUAUGAUCCCAUUAUUCGGACCCUUUUUUGAUGUCUUUAUUACGACCCUAAAUUUGUCUUUGUAGAGAUUAGGCUGUGUUUCAAAAGGUACAUUGUUAGCUUGUCUGAGAGGUAUUAUGUGGGCACAGUAUGUGAGAACAUGCACAACCUAGACCAAUUGUACCUGGACCAAAUGGAAGCAGUGUGUACCUGCAGCGCUCAUCACAGA